AGAAGGAGUGGCUUCUCAAAGAAUGUGUCGUGUUCAAGUUCAUUCUGUCUCUUUUUUCCCAUAUCUCCUUGCCUCCAUGUCUUUUUUUCUCCUUCUUCCUCUGUUUAGCUGCUUUACCUCCUCUUUAGAGUAGGAUUUCCAGCAGAAUCCCCCUUUUUCCUUGUUUAAGAGAACAUUAUUCCGCUUCCAGAAGAAACCGUUUGGGAAGCUACAAGAAAUUUGGCUCUAGUUCAGAGAACUCUUGAAGAAGAAAGGUUCACUUCUGAAAGUCAGUCCAUAGAGGAGCAUAUUUACAGAAAACUUGUUUACAAUCAACACUUCCUAAUCAUCGCUGAUCACACCUGAGGGCAAUAUGGAACUUCAGAAAAUGGCUAAUGGUCACCAUGAACUCAGCCCUGGGAAAAGUACCCGGGAGGAUGGAUUUGAUGCUCUGGAGAACAUGGCUGAGAGAGACCAGUUCCUCCCCCAGAAGACUGAUGGAACCAGAGAAACCAGUUUUACAGAUUUUGAGGGAAAGACCUCAUUCGGAAUGUCCGUCUUCAAUCUCAGUAACGCCAUCAUGGGCAGUGGCAUUCUGGGACUGGCCUAUGCCAUGUCCAACACUGGCAUCGUCCUCUUUCUAAUGCUAUUGACCUUCAUUGCAAUUCUGACUGCAUACUCCAUUCACCUGCUGCUGAAGAGUGCAGGAGUGGUUGGAAUUCGUGCAUAUGAACAGUUGGGUCUCCGAGCAUUCGGGCAGGCAGGGAAGGUCGUAGCAGCCUGCAUUAUAACCAUCCAUAACAUUGGAGCAAUGUCGAGCUACCUCUUUAUUGUGAAGAUUGAGCUGCCCUUUGUUAUAGAAGGUCUUCUGGGUCAAACAGAGAAAAGCUCAGGAGAAUGGUAUCUAAAUGGAAACUACCUCAUCAUUAUCGUCAGUCUUGGUGUAAUCCUACCCCUUGCUCUCAUGCGUCAGCUUGGGUAUCUCGGCUACACCAGCGGUUUCUCUCUCUCCUGCAUGGUUUUCUUCCUCAUUUCUGUCAUCUAUAAGAAGUUUGUCAUGGAGUGUCCAGUGUUUAGCGGCAACUCUACCCACCUGCCCAUGUCUCCGGUUUACAGCUCAGGCAAUGACACCUGUACAGCUAAACUUGCUACCCUCACGCCGCAGGCUGCGUAUACCAUUCCUAUUCUGGCCUUUGCGUUUGUGUGUCACCCUGAGGUGCUGCCCAUCUACACUGAGCUUAAGAAGCCAACAAAGAAACGCAUGCAGAACGUUGCUAACAUCUCCAUAAUGGCUAUGUUCGUCAUGUACCUGUUGACUGCAAUCUUUGGCUACCUCACCUUCUACGGUAAGGUGGGAGAAGAGCUGCUGAAGAGUUACAGUACUACUGACACACUGAUGCUGUGCGUGCGUUUUGCAGUGCUGGUCGCCGUCACCCUGACUGUUCCUGUCGUUCUCUUUCCUAUCCGCCGUGCAGUCUUGCAGCUGCUGUUCCCUGAGAAACCCUUCCACUGGGCACGCCACAUUCUCAUUGCUUUUUGCCUGCUUUUCUUAGUCAAUCUGCUUGUCAUCUUCGUGCCCAACAUCCGGGACAUCUUUGGUGUCAUUGGGGCCACAUCUGCUCCCAGUCUUAUCUUCAUACUUCCGGGAAUAUUCUACGUCCGCAUUGUUCCUGAAGAACAGGAGCCAAUGAAAUCUCGCCCAAAAAUUAUGGCGAUCAUGUUUGCAGCUCUGGGCUUCAUCUUCAUGGUCAUGAGCAUUAGCUUCAUCAUUGUGGAAUGGGUGACUGGAGAGUCUAGAGGAAUCGGAGGACACUAACAAACUAAAGACAUCAGAGCAACAGAAAUGCACGUUCCCAGUAAUGUGAAGCUUGAUUCAAAUGAGCUUUGCAUAUUUUUGAUUUUAGGCAAUACUGAACAUACUGAACGUGAACGUUUAAAGACUAUUCAAGGAUCAUGUCAUCUUAGUUAAGAAACCCAACAGUGUACCUACACCAUCUACAGUGGACUUGAUGGUGGCUCACAGCUGGCAGCCAUCUUUUAUCUAUUUGGCCUGAAACACAUUUCAGAAUGGUCAUCAUAUCCUUCAUGCAAAAAAUCAUUUCAAUCUCCAGUUUUUCAAGGCAGAUCUAUUUCACUGCUAUUUAAUUUCAGUGAAGCAACAUAGGAUGAUUUAUAUGAACCUUUAGAACCUUUAGAGCUUUAGAAAAGAACUGAUCAUAGCUACAGUAUACACGCUGCUGACAUGAGUUUCUUUAUUGGUUUUAGAGAACUGUAACAACAAACAGCAUUACAUGUUUUCAGACCUUUACAAAACUUUACAUGCAGUGUACAAAAGCUACAGUGUAGAGCAGUAUGUGGUACAAAUGCAGUUCAUAUUUAUAGAUAUCCCUCAUCUGCAUUGCCAAAGUUGUGUAUCAGUUACUAUCCUUUGUGCUCUACCUCCCCGUGGAAUGUUAAUAUUUGCCAUUACAUGAGUUACAUUAGUUACAUGAGGAAAAAAGUCAUCUUUUUGUUACUUUACGAGCUCAGAAUAUUGUCACUGUCAUGACAAAACCUUGCACCUCCGAAAUGGUCACUUUACAGGAUAAGGAAAGAAAAAGUUCUUUUAACAUGAUUUUAUUCCAGGCCUGUAUUAUGUCUGUUGGCCAGUCCAUCGUGGACUGUUUACACAAUGUAAAGGGCAGCUGGCAUUUUUGAACAGUUGUUAAAACUGUCUGGAAAAGCAUUUAUGAGGUGUUGAUACGGCAGUGAUAAUAUUUCCCAGUGUGUUGAUACAUGGAUUGUAACUGUCAAAUCUGGUCACUGUAUUUAUAUGUUGUAAAUUUGUAUUACAGAACAUUCUGGAUAGAUGUAUUGUGCAGGUUUGCUUUACAUUACAGCAUGAUCGUUUACAGCGAGAUAUGCAGCAGUAUUUAUUUGAUACCUAUUUAUAUGAUUUUCAGAACAUCUCGGUAUAGUACAAGCCAAAUCUGAAGAAUGCAUCUAGCAGAAAGGCUGCAAAACUACAGAACAUCUAGUUUGAGUUACUACAGUGCGGCCUGAAGGAUACAGACAUUUGUUUUUACACAACAUUAGCAGAGGAAACAGAAGUUACGCCAAGUUCUGUGAAUACUUGUUCUUCUUUACUCAGCACCCUGGAAACCACUAUUUUUGGUGUGAGAUCCAGAUUAUUUUUGUUUUCAAGGUUCGCCCCAGCCUACGUCAUAUACUUUUUCUGGCUCCGUUAUUCAUGUUGAAUUUUCCGUGUAAAAUACUGGUGACAAAUAUACCUUUUUCUAUACAGGGAAUAUUGGGUAACAAUUUGAAGGCCUUUCCACAGUAAUGAGCUGUGCAUGUUCAGAGAGCCUGUCACUUACAACAUAUUCCGAGGUAAAACAUUUCCAGACUUGUUACCUUCUAAGACUUACUGUUCAUGCGAAGUGAGUUAUUCUUAUGGUAUAGGAGUGAGGAACGAAAGUCUGGACCUACUGGAUGGUCCUGGACAUUAAAGAGGUUAAUACUUGUGUUCAGCCACAGUUUGUUUAAGAUGUUUUGUCAGCUGGUAAAAUGCUGAAGAUUUAUUGAAUUCUUGGUGUUGCUGAGGUCUUAUGGACAGUAUUGUACCCUUUGACCAAAGUGUUGCCGAAUAUUAUGAUUGUGUCCUCAAAAGAUUACUUUCUAUCAAUUUUGUCUCACUGUUUAACAUCAUAGAACAAACUUUUGCUAUAUAAAUCUUAAUUUAUGAUGUACAAAUAAUCCAAAGCAAUAGAUUUGGGCCAUUAUUUGUAAAUACUUUUCAGUCCUGUUUUUUACCCAUGUUGGACCCUUAUUUUAUAUUGUACAUUUCUGUCACAUCUAAAAUUGUUGUAAUGCUUACUGGAGCGUGAUCAAGCUGCUUGAUUGAAGCUUUUAUUAACAAAUGAUUUAAGAAAGCCCACUUGAUUGUUAAAAGUGCCUAAAAUGUAGCCAUAUUUUGGCUAUUCUAUGUAUAUAUUCACAUUCAUUUGGUAAUAAAAAAAAAUCACAUGCAAUUA